AUGCUGCUCAAAGCAGUCAUGAGACUUUCUGUGACCAACAUGAAGGCAGUAGAUGUUAAAGAUGUUGCUUCCUCCAUUACAAUGAUUGCUAAUGAGAAACUAAAGGCUGAGAAAGAAGCUGCUGCUGGCAAAAAGAAGACAGGUGGGAGGAAGAAACAACUUCAACUAGAUAAGGCUGAUGACGAUCUAGUGGCUGGUCCUUAUGACGCCAUGGACGAUUUCAACUUCAUGUAG